UUUUUUUUGCGAGCACACCGCUUUGUGUUGCCAGACGAGAGUGGAGUCCGUGGGGCUGCUUUUUCAAUUCUUGUCCGGAAUUGGAAUUUCGUCUUGUGUCAUACGAGUGUUCAGGAUAUUGUGAGAUAUGGCCGCCACUCACAUCUUUUUGCGAGGAAAGUAGACGUGUUUGAGAAGAAAGUGCCGCACUGUCCUCAUGGCUAGAAAAGCGUGUCAACUUUUGGACGCGUUUUACCACAUGAUUUCAACCCAUAUACUCAUUCUGAUUGGGUAUCCUGGCGCUCUAAAAAGUCUCCAAGCUGGAUUUUCCAGUACAUGACAACUCCCGCCCCGGACGAUGAAGACUCUCUCUUCGGCUCCCCUCCGCCUUCACCGGCCAGAGGUAGGUCGCCUUCACCCCAGCUGGCUCUUCCGACCACAGGAAGCAGCAUAGCCGCAGAUUCGGAAAAGCACAACAACGUGGGGACCAUUGCACUUCCUGGUUCCCAGUCUUAUUCUGAACUUGCAUCCACUCCGGCAGCUUUGCUUCUGAGCAGCCAGCCCACCGCAUCAACCUGGACGGCACCUGCUCACCGUCCAAUACCACCGCCACCGCCAUUGAACAGGUCGAGGCCUGUAAACAACAACGCUCAAAAGGCCAAGAAAGACAAGGGAAAAGCCCGAGCCUCGCGGUCCUCCACACCACGUCCACCUCCACCUGAAAUCCCUCUUCCAAAUCCAGACGAACCGCCACCGCCCAACUUCCUCCGCAACUCCCAAGCCCUUCUCGGUCUCGCUGGCCUCGUCGCCGGUGUAAAACCGUCCCACCUCUCGAAACGACAUCGCGAGCGCGAGCGCGACCAAGAUCGAGGCGCGACGCCAGACCACCCCAUCGUCGUCGAAGAGUAUGAUCCGCCGCCCAUAGGCCAACGAAGCUUCGUCGUUCAGCCGGAAAGUCUCCCCGAACCACCGAGUGAGGAGAUCGUCGCGUCGUUAGUGAAGCAGCAGAAUAUAUUUCCUGUGCUCGAAUCGUUGUUGAGGAUGCUUUCGCACGGCAACACGCUCCCACCGCCCCCGCCCCCACCUCCCUCAGCGUUCUUCGCCCGCCCAUAUCCACCCCCACCUCCAUCUUCAGCGUUCCAUCCCGACAAUAGUGGCCCAGCGCUGAAACGCAGAAAAUUGAACCGCGUACCGGCAGGUGCGGCCGACUGGGACGUCCCGUACCCUUUCGCGGACGGCGAGGGCCCGGAGGAGUACAGAGCGAAGUGGGAGAAGAAUCGGUUGAGGCAGUUGUUGAGUCAGUUGGUCGGGCUGGUGAGAGGGGCAACGAGGAGUGCGGCUACGAGGACGUUUUUUAGAGAGAGGAUGCAGGCGUGGUAUGCGAUGGGGAGUAGGACGAGUAAUGUGCCUUCGAUGCAUGCGGGGAUGAGUCCGGUGGCGAGGAUGCUGGCGAGGACGCAGCCGCCUCAUACGACGAAGCAGGUGCCGGUGCCCCAGCCGCAAGCUAGGGAGGAGACCACGAACGUCAUGAACGCGAGUAAUGUGUCGAGCGCCGCCGAUACGUCACAGGCCAUCACGUCCAUAUCCACGCCUGCGUCCGAACCUCCUACGCCACAAUCCGUCGCACCACAGACGGAGCCUGUGCCUUCGAAUCCUACAACCUCGGAACAAAACCUCGACCAGAAAGCCUUCGAUGAUUUCAUGCAAUCUUUAAUGGCGGAUAUGACAUCCGCUCCUGCUCCUGAUCCCUCCCUUGCCUUCCCUACCGACGAUGCUCCCGCCACUAAUGAUCUCACGACCUCGACUUCGUUCGACGAUAUGGACUUUUCUGCGUCUCUUGAUCCCGAUCUGGAAGCUUUUAUCUCGAUGUUGCAGGACGAUACGUUCUCGUUCGAUCCGAAUUCGAGUACGAGUACGAAUCCGGAUGUGCAGUCGCCGACGGACGUGCCCGUGCCCGUGCCCAUGGAUGUGGGCCAACAGCCGUCACCGACCACCAUAGCUUCAGCUUCAGCUCGAGCAUCAGUACCAGCACCGGCCACGACUCCAGCUCACGUCCAGUCCAACUCUAACGCGCCUGCACCUUCUAACGACUUUGACGACAUAAUGUCCAUGAUCGAUCCCUUCUUACUCGCCAUCUCUCAACCUGGCUCCAAUCACGGCCUCGGCUUCUCCACUCCCAACCCCAAUCCCAAUACGUCAAACCCGCAAGGCCAGUCACAAACUGCGAUGCCUCCGACGACACAAUCCCAAAGCCAGAGUCAGAGUCAGAGCCAGUCACCCAUGGCAUCAACGAUCUCACUCCCUGAUUCGAUGGACCCCGAGACGCCUAGAUGGGAUGAGCUGAUGAGUGGUGUAGAGUCGGAGAUUCAGAUCGUGAGAGGGGAGGGGUUCGGGCAGUUCUCGCAAUUAGGUGAGAGGGCGAUUAUGGAGAAUAGGGAGGUGGGUGUGGGUAGGGAGGGUGGGGGGUCGUCGUCUCAGCAGCAGCAACCACAAGCAAGCAGUCAGUCUCAAGCACCGAUACCCGCAUCCGCACCUGUAGGAUCAUCCCAGCCACAACCAUACCCACAGCACCCACCAUACUUCCUCCCCGGCCCCGGGACCCCAUACUCACCCUCGACAAUGUCAAUGCCGACCACGCCCGCGCCAUACCCGUACGCGUACGCAUAUCCGUAUCCACACCCUUCCCAACAUGCGUAUGCCUACGCCUACCCACACCCGUCGCAUAUUCCGCCGCCGGGUCUUACGUCCACUUCUCUUCUUGCUACCGUGCUCGAUCCGCGUCAUCAACCACAGUACCCGCCUCUGUACGCGCAACAUCCCGAGAUCCCAGCUUCUACCUCCUCCGCAUCGCUUACCACACAUCCCGCGCAUCCUGCAAACGCAAGCGGGGCGAGGAACCCCUCUUCCAUUGGGCCGACCACAACCACUUCGACAACGGCGGCAAAGUCGGCGAGUGCAAAGUCGAAGAAGGCGGAUAUUAUCAAGAGGGCGAAGGAGAGGCGUAAGGAGCUCGAGAAGGAGUUGGAGAGGGCGAAGGUGGAGCUUUGGGAGGUUACAAUUGAGCAGGGGGUGUUGGCGCAUUUAGUUAAGGAGGAGGGGAAGGCGAAAGUGGGUGGUGUCAGAUAGUCUUGUCGAUUGACUGGGGGGUUCAGUGGUCCAGUGUGAUGAGGUAUUAUCGCCCGACGUUCAUGUCGGUAUAAAUCUGGUAAUGUCCACUGUGUCGCUCAAAAUGUGUUGUUCUCUAUGCUAUGAAGUUUU